GAGGCCAAGCUGCCCGAUAUUCGCAUUGCACUACGGAUUUUCUCCGCCAAGGUACCCGUCCUGCGGCUCCAUUGUGGGGCCAAGGGCGGUCGAAACACUUGGGUGGAUGUGUCCGUUGGGGGCAGUCUCCUGCGGGGAGCCUGUGACCGCAGCGUCUACGCUAUGCUCAAACAAGACAAGCUCGGCAUUUCGACAGCCUUGUGCCGCAUGGUGAAGCUAUGGGCGAAACGGCGGCGGCUUACGAAUACUUUAAAGGGAGGCCUCAGCAGCUUCUCCUUCGUUCUAUUGACCAUCUUCUUCCUGCAGCAGGGAGGGGAGGCCAAUGCCGCAGGGCAACCGCACAGCCUGCCUCCACAGAGCCUCAGCUCCAUAUAG